UCACUGCCCCAGCCCAAGUCAGCCAACCCUCUCCACCCCGGACUCGGGCAGAGGCCCUGGCAGUCCAGCGUCCAUCCGCGCUUCAGAGUCAGGAAGGGCGCUCCUGGGGCCCCAGUCGGUCGCGCUCCCCGGGAUGCGAGUCCCUGCGCCAACACCCGGCAGAGGCCGGCACGCGCUGGGUUACUCCCAGUACAUAGGGAUGAAGAUGUCCUGGGCGUCCCGGCGCCUCUCUGCGGCCAGCCCGGCAGGUCCCUGAAGCCACCGCCCUAAACGCUCCGCUGCUGGGCUCCCAAAGCUGUUUGGGGGCCCCUCUCUAACCGCCAAACCUCCUGAGGUCCUCUUUGACCCGGACCCAUGGAACCGGGGGUGCUGGCCUCGCACAACCUCCCGCACCACGAGCCAAUCAGCUUCGGCAUCGAUCAGAUCCUGAGCUGCCCGGAACCCCCCGGGAGCGGCCUAGGCCCGGGUCGCGCGGGCCAGGGCCAUGGAGAGAGUGCGGCGUUCUCGGGUGGAUUUCAUGGAGCCUCAAGCUACGGCCCCGCGGCCUCUCUGGCCCCGGUACCAGGCACCUCUGGUGUUGGCCCGGGCGGCGUGAUCCGCGUCCCGGCGCAUCGUCCUUUGCCAGUGCAGCCGCCCGCGGGAGGCGCACCUGCAGUUCCUGGACCUUCGGGCUUGGGCGGCGCCGGGGGCCUAGCGGGACUCACCUUCCCUUGGAUGGACAGCGGCCGCCGCUAUGCCAAGGACCGGCUCACGGCGGCGCUCUCGCCCUUCUCCGGGACGCGCCGUAUAGGUCACCCCUACCAAAAUCGGACCCCCCCAAAGCGGAAGAAGCCGCGCACAUCUUUCUCCCGCUCGCAGGUGCUGGAGCUGGAGCGGCGCUUCCUGCGCCAGAAGUACCUGGCCUCGGCCGAGAGGGCGGCGCUGGCCAAGGCCCUGCGCAUGACCGACGCGCAGGUCAAGACGUGGUUCCAGAACCGGCGCACCAAGUGGCGGCGCCAGACGGCCGAGGAGCGCGAGGCGGAGCGGCACCGCGCGGGCCGACUGCUUCUGCACCUGCAGCAGGACGCGCUGCCUCGGCCGCUGCGGCCGCCGCUGCCCCCGGACCCGCUCUGCCUGCACAACUCGUCGCUCUUCGCGCUGCAGAACCUGCAGCCCUGGGCCGAGGACAACAAGGUGGCUUCCGUGUCCGGGCUUGCUUCAGUGGUGUGAGCGACGCCUGCCCGACCGACCGACCGAGCGCUCUUUUCCGGACCGAGGCGCCUCGUGGAGCCCCGGAGCUGGGGCCUAGGAGCGCAUGGCCGCCCACGCCGUGGUUCUGUAGCAGUGGAGCGUGUGAGGAGGAGCUGGCUUUGAGGCUAUCGUCGAGGGCUCCUCGGCCACCGCCGGUUCGCAGGCCAACGUUUCACAAUUGCCCCGCGCGCUUAAAUGCGACCUUUCCCGCCAUUUCCCACACACUUGUCGCACGGCGGCUGGAACCGAGGGGCUGAGGGGGCGGGACCUGCAGUUUGAUAGCCAAUGAGGUGCGGGGAGGAGAGCAGGCUGGCGUAUGGCUGCCCUCUUGAGGAACUCCGCAUUCUUCCGCGGGUGGGUUGGAACCAGAGUUCCGUCCGGCCCAAGCUGUUCACAGGCCCGGCUGGGAUUCGGCAGCUGCAGCCUGCCGGGUCUGUACCAAAAGUGUGAAGGAAGGAAAGAAGGAAGACGCCAAUGACAGGGGAGUGAUGGAGGAGGUGCUGGAGGGCGAGUCUGACUGUGACAGGAACCAGAGGGAUAUCCAUGCUGGGCAUGUCAUUCUUCAACUGUAAAAUAAUCGCUAAGGACUUUGAGCCCUA